AUGGUGCGCCAACCAAAGAAGCUGACGGACUGUCCGGAAAAUCUCCGGGAGUCCAUCGACUGGUUGAUCCAGGUUAAGCAUGGAAAUGGUGGUGGUCAAGAUGGUCUUGAGGAGUUGGCAAAGGCUUUGCAAAAGUUGAUUGAGGACGCUAUUCAAAAGGCUGAAACGAGUCUGGAUGAUAGGAAAAAGGAACUUGAUUGCUAUACCGAUUUCCAGCAUUGUAAGAAUCUUAAAGAGAAAAUUGAAAAAGAGAAUGAUGAAUCUAAAAAAUCUAGGCUCCAAUCCCAGUAUAAAGACCAUUAUGGUGAAGUACAUGGCUCUGAGUCUAAAAGAAAGAAUGCGUUGGAUGAUCUUGAGAAGCGGCAGAAUCAGGUUAAAGAACUUGGUGAUAAACUUACGAUAUUUACUGAAAAAGAUAAAAAUACUAAUGCAUGUAAAGAUUUGCUAGAAAAUCUCACUGACGGUUUAGAAAAGUUUCUAGGUUACAAUAAAGAUUCCAAAGGCUACGAUGGCACGGGCAUCGUGUACUCCGAUCUUGACAGGCUCUGCGACGGGGUGAUGUCUUUCCUUCAUGGUGUUCUCAGUGGAGUGAAGGAUGAUGAUGUUGUGGUUCUAUAUUGA